AUGACCUACGGCAUUAACGAAGUCACCAAAAAGCUCGAGACCCAAAUACAUAACUUUCACCUUUUGCAAGUUGUCGAUGUCCCCGAACCUUCCCUUCCUCUAAAAUAUGUAUUCGUCUGCCGCUCGGACGUCGAUCCCCCUUUGCUGAUUGACCAUCUUCCUCACCUGGUGGCUGCGUAUAAUUCAAACUGCCUUCGGGAUCCUAUAAAGCUUGUCACCCUACCUCAAGGAGCCGAACUCUUGCUCGCACAAAAUCUUGGCAUUAGAAGGGUUACCGUUAUUGCCAUCGAUACCAACUAUAACGACCAACACCUAGCAUCAAUGUUAGAGUCAGUUCCUACUCUGACAGCCUCUUGGCUUUCACAACCGAACGCUUCGACUUCAUUAAUUCCAACACACAUAAAACAUGUGCGGACAACAGCACCAAGGGAUAUGAAGGCUGCAAAAGAUUUAAGAGUUCAACAGAAACUGGAUGCAAAAAAGAAGAAGCUCCAAAAUGAUGCCGGGGCGAGGGGAUAA